AUGAGGUCUAAAAGACUUUACUAUUGGGUAUUGCAUCUGAAAGCUCAAGACGGAUUGGCUGUCAUAGAUCUUAAGGGAGUAGUCAGUUACUUAUCUAUAGGAAGGUGGAACACGCUCGUAGAUCUUGUCAAAAGAGACUUCCGAACCGCCAAAAUGGAAAAUUAUCUUCUUCCAGGAAACGAAAAAGUCACGAACGACUCAAUUGAAUCGACGAAGCGCGUCUUGGAGCAGAUGUUAGACAAUCCAUCUGAGAUCGACAGCUUGAGAAGAACAAUUAAUUAUGAGGUUAUUUUCGGCACUGAAUUGCAGAGAAAGGUGUGGACUUAUUUAGUGGAUCACAUUCCAGUUGGAACCACGUCGUCUUAUUCAGAAGUUGCUAAGGCUCUUGGCGUCAAAAGUGCUAGAGUUGUGGGCAAUGCAUGUGGAGCUAACAGAAUUGCAUUGAUCAUUCCCUGUCACAGGGUGCUAACUGCUCAAGGAACUAUAAACGGCUACAGGUAUGGAAAGGAUGAGAAGGAACGUCUUCUUCAAUUGGAGGUUAAAAAGUAA